UUUUUAAUUUCAAUUUCGUUUAACGUUGCUUUUUUACAGUCGAUUUUAGUGAAGUGUUGUUGUUUUUUUCAGUUGGCACUGUUGUUGUUAUUUAAGCACAUUGUAAAUUGUAAUUACAUUUUACAGCUGUCUCUUUAGUUGCGCUGUACAACAAACACGUCAUGUGUCCCGUCUUAAGUUAAGAACACAAAUUGAUUUGAUGCGAUCACUUUUGGUUGGUGUUUUGUUGGCACACGUCAAUCUUCUCGGUGACAAAGCGAUGCACAUAUAUAUACAGAAUAACGGGACAUAGAGAGCAGCGCAAGAUUUGUGUGUUUGAAAAGGCAAAAGAAAAAAAUACCAAAGUUUCAAUAAGAUUUAGUGUAAUUUUUCGUGCUGUUUUGAAACUUUUCGAAAUGGAAAUUAAGUUGGCUUGACAAGCAAACGAAAUGGAAAGAAGUGUUUAGUGCCACUCGAUGGAUUAAUUGGUCAGCUUACGCAGUUUGAUAAGAAAAUGAUUGUGAAUCUCAAUGGAAAAUAACACCAUUUACCAGAGCGAUAAACAAUGAUUUAGAACACGGUCGUCGUGGUGCAAAGAAGAGACAAUUGAACAAUUUGGUGUAUGUGUACAUUUGUAAAAAUGGUGAAAAAGAAAAAAACCGCAUCAUUGACUUAAAUCAAGAGUUCAAAAACUUUAAAAACGAGACGCGAGAAUUCAAGUCAUAAAAAUAUCCAAGAAAACUUUUUUUUAUUGCUUUGUGAAUUGUGUUUUGGGUCAUUGUGCUUUUUUAGAAACCUUAAGCUCAGAUUCGCUGAAUGCGCGACCGUAAUGCGAUAGUGCGGAAAUACAACGAAAAACGACGAAGAAAAACAAAAGAUGACUUUGCUUUAUAAAAUUAUUGGAUUCUGCACGUUGUUCUUGCUGAUCAAUAACUUGUGCAUGGGCAAAAUUGAAUCACGAUUACGCGUCGGUAAAACCAUUAACGUUUUUGUUCGUUAUGGCUAUUUGGGCAUUUCAAUGAAAGUGAUUUCAUACAACGACACCGAACGAUGGCUAUUCAAAGAGCCAACAUACAAUGUAUUUCGAGGUAUCGAUCAAUUAGUGGAAGCAACGGAAGAGAAUACACCGGGCACUUUUAAUGGGGAUUUUCAUAUGGAAUUUUGCGAUAAUAAAAAACAAUUAUUUCAAGCAUAUUUUCGCGAUUUCACCAUUGAACGACUUGAAUAUCCAUGGCAAGCUUUCACCGGUGGAUGGCAACCAGAAGUGGCCGCCCGUAAAUUGGGUAUAAAUUCGUCAUUCAUCAAAGGUGACUAUUGUUAUGUAUUAGUGCGUGUAUCACGAUUUCGCGAAACCGCACGUCUAGCAAAGCCGAUACCACCAAAUCAAAUGCUACACGAAGAUGUAUCGGAGAAAAUAGAAAAUAUGACACCAGGCAAUCAAACGGAAACCGUCCAGUUUAUGUCAAGCUUCGGGACCCACUAUAUAAAUUCUUAUGUUACGGGUAAUUCAUUAUAUCAGGUGUUUGUGUAUUCAAAGCAAAACUACCAGCAUAUCAAAGAUCGUUUAAAAACGCGAGGCGUUGCGGCGUUAUCUCGACUUGAUUUGUACAAUUAUUUUGCACCGUGGUAUGCUGAACAUUUGGGGCAAAUUCGUGCGGCGAGCGGCAAUAGCACGAUUGAAGCAUGGGCACAUCGUAAACUACGUCUAUCAUAUUAUAUAUUUACUUAUGUAAGUCUAUUGAAAUUGCAUGGCAAUGGCAAUCUAUUGCGCCAAUUAGACAAUCUAUUGGGUAAUGAGGCGAUCUUGUCUUUGGAUUUAAAAGCGUUAACAACACUAUUCAAAGAGCCGAAAAAACGAGAAUGGUUCCAAGAAAUCAUUGACAAUUAUCUUAAACUAUGGGAAAUCAAUAUGUUUUAAAAUCGAUCGACAAUACCAUUGUGUGCAAUGAGGACUCUUUGCACAUUCCUGAUUUAUGUUUUGGUAAAAUUUCAAUUGACACACCGUUGACACACAGCCCAAUGGUGUCUGUAACCAAAAACACUGACACGCCUGCGAUGCGUACACGGAAGAAGCGCGUUGGUGUUUUUGGUUACCAAAUUUAUACCAUUUUCAGGCUGUCCUUUGGCAAUGUCGAACACACGAUAAACGCUAAUUUAUGAAGUUUAUUGUUGAAUACAAUGGAGAGAAGUUGUUUUGGUUGUUAAGAAAAAAUGAUGCGCAACUUCAAAAAGAAUAUCUGAAUCUCGGUCGAUUGAAAUACCGUUUCGAGCAAAAAAAAAAACAAAGUCGUUCAAAAACCUCUAGCACACUAUUAUUUAUUGUAUUUUUAGAAUGUGAUUCAGAAUUCUUUGCUGAGUAUUUAUAUGUAGCAUGCGAUUUUAAAUUACCUUCAAAGUAUCUUAAUUGAUGAAUUACGCGUAACAGAAUAGUUGUUAGUUGAAAGCAUCCGUUUGUUGUAGUCGCACAUUGCAAUCGUAUUCAUUGAAUUCAGUAUCAUUUGGAUCAUGCGAUUCAAUGAUUUUUGUGUUAAUUAUUUUGAGUUUGAAAAUUUAAUUAAAUCCACAUAUUACCAUAUACAAUUAUACAUCCUAAAUCGACUACAAGGAAUAUUGUGUGUCUUGUUUUUUUUUUGUUGCUGCUUACUAAUGCGCAUCAGUUUGCAGCCAGCCAGACAUCACAAUUAUAUUUGUGACAUUUUGACAUUUAAUUCUCUCUCCCGCUAUUCUUUUUCUCCACUAUUGACAAUACAAUCUAGAUAUAAUGAAACAAUCGAUGAAAUUCGAAAAACAACAACAACAAUCAACAACAUAUCGUUAUCGUGGGUCAUAUGAUUCAAUCCGCAAUACUAUAAUAUCAAUUUACAUUUUAAAAAAGACUGAAAUGAAACCCAAUCACACAAAAAAUGAAGAAAAAAAAAAUCCAACGAAACUCAAGUCAUUCAGCAAAAAAAAAGAUGAAAGAGAAUCCGUAAGCAAAUAAAGGAAAAUGAAAUGUGGCUUUUGUUAUUUACUGUGAUAAUAAAAAAAAUAAUUAUAGGCGUAUAAAUAGAUUAAUUACUUCUUUGAAUUAGAUGUUCUAUUGUUAAUUUGAAAUACAACACAUCAUGAUGAUGCAUGCAUUCAGUGUUAGAUGUCACAACGAUUCACGCUAUAUGCAAAUUAUAUUAUCAAAUAUUAUUUAAACAAUAAAUAAAAGAAAUUAAUUGAGAAAAUAAAAUCAUUAUACAAACAGUGCGUGCAAAUUGUGAAGAUAGUUUUGUUUUCAAAAAUUAAAAUUGCGAAUAAACAAACUGG